AUGGCUCCUCACAAUGAUGUAGAAGCCUUCCACGAGGCUCUCCGCUCUAGCAAGCGCAUCCUCGCCCUCUGCGGCGCUGGUCUCUCAGCUUCAUCCGGCCUUCCAACUUUCCGAGGCGCUGGUGGUCUUUGGAGAAACCAUGAUGCUACUUCGCUUGCUACUUUACGCUCUUUUCGUGACGACCCGGGUUUUGUCUGGUUGUUUUAUGGGUAUAGACGUCAUAUGGCGUUGCGCGUUAAGCCGAAUCCUGCGCAUUAUGCUCUCACGAAGCUCGCGGAGAAGAACAAGGACUUUUUGUGUCUGACGCAGAAUGUCGACAAUCUUUCUCCAAGGGCAAACCACCCACCAGAGCAGCUUCGUACUCUUCAUGGAUCUCUAUUCGACAUCAAGUGCAGCAACGAGAACUGUUCAUGGAUCGAACGAGGCAACUACAAAGACCCCUUCUUCUCAGCUAUAGCACAAGCUUCGGAAGACGUUGAACCUGGCAAACCAUUCCCUCUUCUCGACGCUAAUCAUCCUCUGGAUCCCAUUCCUUGGGAAGAGAUUCCGAAAUGCCCACAGUGCAAGACGGGCCUUCAGAGACCAGGUGUCGUCUGGUUCGGCGAGGCCCUUGACGAGGUAAUGAUGAUGGAUAUUCAGAACUGGCUCUACAAGGAUAAAGUGGAUCUCAUGCUUGUCAUUGGAACAUCUGCCCAGGUCUACCCAGCUGCCGGUUACAUUGACAAGGCCAGACGCAAAGGUGCGCGUAUCGCAGUUAUCAACCCAGAGGCUGAGAAUGAGGAGGAGAUGUACAAGGUUAAGCCCGGAGAUUUUGCCUUUGGUCAGGACGCUGCAGAGUAUCUUCCUAUGCUUCUGGAACCGGUUAUUGGGAAACUUGAUAAGGACGAGAACUGA